AUGGCAAAAAUAAUUCUGUUUUGUGUACUCAGUCUUUUGGCCUGUGCCGCAGGUCAACGCAUUACGACCAUUCAUCUGGAUGGUGUACAGUACUUCAUCAGUCGUAUGAACCCGUACUCGCCCGAACUGAAUUACUUCCUGGCAUAUCAGUAUUGCCGAUCUUUGGGCUUGCAGCUGGCCUCCUUUGAGACUAAGGAGAAGGCCGAGUCAAUGACCACCUAUCUGAAGAACGCCGGUUACGGCAACUAUGAUUUCUGGACAUCUGGAAAUCGUUUGGGCACGGGCAUGUUCCUAUGGAUGAGCACCGGUUUACCGUUCAAUGCUACAUUCGACUUUUUCGAAAACUCUGCCGAUGCUAUACAGGCUGGCCUCCUGGACCCUGUCGAUCACAAUAGCAACACCUCGCCACAACGUACAGCACGCGACAGCAGCAGUGGCGCCGAGAAGGGUUGUGUCAUUCUGAAGCAACCCACACUCAAAUGGAUGCCCGAGGACUGUUCGGCCGUUAAGGACUUCAUCUGUGAGCAGACCCGUUGCUAUUAUUACAAUUAUGGCAGCAUCCCAGUGUCUUCUGCGCAGGGGUAA